UUCUUGGAUUUUUUUAUUAGGUUUCACAUCGUUCUGUCAGUUUAGCAUUGAGAUUGAGUCUUCGGUUUUAUGCGAGUGAAUUUCUAUGUUAUGCGAUUUGAGGUAAGUAAAUUUAUGGUAAUGUCCGUACAGUUUUUAAAAACAUGAUUUGACUUGUUUUUGAAGUGGUGGUGGGACUAACCCGUUUUAUACAAAAGUAAGUAUGAUUGAUUUGAAGUAAAAUUUUUAUGUUUUUCAUUAAAUUGAGCAUGCUUUCUUGAAAUUUAAUUGAUUGUCCUGAUGAUUUGAAAGUGAUUGGUGAAUUAUGGUUUUUCUGUUAACUUUUGGCUGUUUUGUCUCCGAUGUGGUUAUGUUAUUAGUGACUCUACUAGUUGGGGAGUUUAUAAACGCUAGCAUAUGUCGACAUGUUAUUGAUAGAACCGGUUCGUUCGAGUGACCCUGUUAGUGGGGUUUAUACACCAGCAAAUAGUGCGCCUGCCAGUGGGUGGUUUAUAACACUGGCCAUGACUUAUAGAGGAGACGUCUAUUUCGUUCCCAUACUGUAUCCGUUUUUCGUGAUCAUACUUGUUGGCAUGCUAUAAGUUUAAUUAAGGGCUAUUCAUAUUUUACGUACUGAGUUUAUUUCAUAGUUUUUCCUUGUCCACCAUUUCAAGAAGCGAAACCGAGGACAGGGAAACCACAGGAAGUGACAAGUUAAAAGGCUAGCCAUUUGGAGAUUGAUAUAGAUUUUAGAAAUAAAUCAUGUUUUUGUAAGAUAGAUUUUACCUUGAAAUUUUAUGGUAUCAAAACAGAUUUUAUGAGAGUAGAUUUUUGCGAUAUGAUUUAAGUUAUUGGAUUGUCAGAUGCGAAUUGGAUAAGUUCCGAACCUUGUGCAUUUGUGGGACCCUCUCAUGAGUGUACGGCGUUUGUUACGCCUUGGAUUUGGGUUUUGGGGCGUGACACCUCAAUUACACAUGUUUUUUAAAUUUUGUUUUAUAAUUCUUUUCUUGUACUUUUGGUGUAAACUAACCACUAUAAUAUGGUUUAGUCAAAAAUAAAAUUCACGAAAAUAC